CGCUCCUGCCGGGACAAGGAGUCCUUCGGCAGCCCAAUGGUGGGUGGGGGGGGGACAACAGACCAAGUGGCCCGACAUGCGACUUGGGCCAUCGCCCCCGUCUCUCUCUGGCUCGGCGCUGCUGCUCCUGUCUCUCUUGGCUCCCAAACCCUCGCGGAACCGUCGAUUCCUUGAAACCUGCAGUCUUCCUGCAUCAGACCCAGCAGGACCGUCGCACACCUUCUCCGAACCACAGCAUCAAAGCAGCCUCGUUCUCCAACCUGUCCGUUUGGGGCUCGCUGAAACUCGUCAGCAAUGGCAUCUUUGGGACUCGGGGUAUCCCCGCUUGCUGCGACCCACGACACGGACGAGUAUCCGGCCCUCUGCAGCGCUAAUAGCAUCGAUCCCAUCCACGACAUGUUGGGUGACCCAGCGUCCCAGACGGUUGCUGUGGCCAGUCUUCGCAGUCGGCCGCCGUCCAUCGUUACUGCCCCGGAUACUGCAUACUCUGUGGAUCCGCCCUCGAUGGGCAGGAGUGGCUCAUCCUCUUAUCGGGGGCCGUCCUUGGACCUCGAAAUGCUCCCGCCCUGUGUACAAGACCAAGUCGACAGCAACAUCCACUCUCACCAUAAUCCAGAAGAACUCGCCGAGCAGCUAUUGACGGGCCGGGCGGCCGAGGCUCCAGCCAAGGAACGUGAGUCGACGUUACGUCGCCCGCUGUCACAGCUGUUUCCGAGCACACCGCCCAGCGGGCCUGCGCUUCGAUCCUACCGCUCCUUCCAGUUCACAUCCCUGGGUCGCAAAAGUGCUCGCACAAAGAGCAACGAGCCCGAGGCAGAGCCUAUCAUUCCACAGCCCAUCGAGCCCGAAGCCAGUCCUUGGCAGAGCUCGACGACGGGAAGAAGAAGCCGCCCUGUGAGCCAAAAUGCCAUCUCGCUGUCGCCCUCGUUGUCGAGCGAGCCCUCCCGCUCCGGAGAACGGGUCAAAGAGCGGACUGCACGAGCGACCCGGUCGCAACAGCAGCUGAAGCGCCGAUCGGCGGCCCUGGGCAAUCUCUUCAAGCCCCAGCCCAGCCUCGCCGUCAAACAGAUCCCUUCGAUCGAAGUCCUCCAAAGCUACAGCUCUGCGCAAGAAGAAAGCGGCGCUGGUUGGCCGUCCCAGGCGAAUCGUCACUCGACGGGGCUUGUGUUGGGGCGCUACGAGUCCCGCUCGUCCCAGGUCGAUGCCCAGCAACCUUUCAUGUCCGAGCGACCGUUCGGUCAAGGUAGCAGGUCUAUCCAGGAGGAAAGCGGAGGCAACCUCCCACGGGCCUUUCCCAGCAAGAUUGUCUUUGCCCAGGGAACCCACUCCCUCCCGAGUCUCCAGACGCUCUCUGGCGAAACCGAGUUCAGCACCGCCAUUUCCUCGCGGCUUCCGCAUCCCGAUGAUCUGUUCGGGAGCCCCGGCUCGCAGCCGGCCGAUCCGGCAGCCGGUAGAUGGACGCUUCCACGGCUCGCGCCCAAGACGAGAGAUGAACAAGUCGCUGCGGUGCUCGAUGCAGACAGGCCCAUGAUCUCGGCGCCUUAUGCCGGCGAGAGUGGCCCUGUCCGCUCACGGUUUGAAAAGUCUCUCCUGAAGCUCAAGCAGAUCACCAGCAAGCUCUUUUCAAAAGCAGCGAUUGUUCGCUGAGGCCAGACGGCGACGCAGCGAUGAUCUCUGAGGGGGCAUGUGCCUCCCGUAGAUGUUGGGCCCGGCUGCGAGGGCUCGAUGAGCCGAGCCGUAUCCUUCACGAGCUGAAAUAAUAUAGCAGUCGAAUAUCAUACGGUCGGCAGUAUGGGACGAUACGACAGCGAC